AUUUGCAGAUCAGACAGGCAAACAGACACACGAUCGGCCGGUGCGAUCUAAGACACGUCUGUGCUCCACAAAUCCAUCGUCCAGUAUGAGAGCGCCGCCGAAAACCGUCAAGCUCAAUCCGCUACGCAUCAUCCACUUUGCCAACCGAUCGCUGGCGGCAAAGGCACCCGGCUCGGCCGAGUCGGCCCAGCCCAAGUGGAUGUCGGCUGUCAAAAUGUUCCCGCCCUCGGCGUCGUUUGUGCUCAAGACCGUGAUUCCGUCCGAGGUCGGCCAGUUUGUCGACCAAGAGGAGGUGCAGAGGACCAGACUGAGCCAGGUCAACUCGGUCAGCCUGGUGCAUCGCAGCAAACCCAAGAAGCCACAGUAUGCCGACAAGCCGCCCGUUAUUGUAUAUCCGGAAGAUCGUCUUCGCGAGGACUUUUACAAGCAUCAUCCCUUUGAGCUGUCAAAGCCCUUCAACCUGGUCGAGGACACCCAGGCACUUGGAUUCGAUCGCUGGGAGACCAUCAAUCCCGAUGCCAUCGAGUUUUCGGCCGACAACAUCUUCAAGCGUGCGCAAUACCUGAUGCAAAACCAAAAGCUCAAGGAGGAAGAGGCAUAUUUCACAGCAGUCAGCGAGUUCUACCGCGUUCGCCGCAUGCAGGAUACGGCCGAGGCCAGCGCACGCAAAGAAGAGAUUGCCAAGCAGAUUCAAAAGAUCGAGGCGGAGGAGCGUGCCAAGGCAGAGGCAGAGGCCACCCGUGCUGCCGCAGAGAGCCCGAACGGCCUUCCGCCCAGCACUCCUGGCUCAACGGCGCAGCGAUACAACCUGAGUCUGCGCAACAGCGACAGAAGCACAGCCAAGACCCUCAGCCACUACCGAAACUCCCGGGACUCGCUGAAGGCCCAAGUUCUGGAGCAGACCGAGUCCGAUCUGGCCAAGCGCAAGAUCACCCAUCCCCACACAACCAAGUUUAUGGAGUGGGAAGCCCAGCACGUCGCGCUGUCGGCCAAGUUUGCCGAGAAGCAAGCCGAGCUGCGACGACUCCGCGAGGAAGCCAACCGACAGCUCUCCCAGUUUGACCAGAAGAACCAGACCAAGGCUCAGUGAGCCGAACUGGUUUGCACGCACAGGGGCCCAAUACACAUUUACAUCACCUGCGUCGGA